AUGGAUGGCGUCUUCGCCCUCCCUCAAGCCGCCAGAACUGAUUUUCUCCGCUCUUUAGUGCACUCUUUUGGCUGCGCUUAUGUUUGUUUGUGGAGACAUGAUUCCGAUUUAUACAAUCGUUUAUUCUUCUUGGAUGGGUUCUACAAUGUAACGAACAACCAAUUGCAGCCAAGCACAUCUUUAGGGAGUACUUUAGCCAAAACGCUUUUUCACCAAUAUCAGCGUUUAACAUUUGAUGUUAAUGAUGACUGUGUUCCUGGAGUCGCUUUCAGGAACCACCUUCCCUACCUAGAGCUGCAACAAUUGGAUCUUCUAAGACUCUCAUCAACAGAAAUUCAAAAACAGUUCAUUGAGGAGGCAAGGAUUAUGACUGCUGUUUUCAUGGGGUGCAACAAAGGAGAAAUUGAACUUGGGUUCUCAUAUAUGUCUCAAGGUGACAUUCAGAGAGCACUUUGGAGUUUAUUUCCAGAAGAUUUCUCUACACAUUGCCAAUCAAUUCAUCAGAAAAAUCCACCUUCAUCAACAUCAUCAUCUUCUUCUUUCAUAUCAUUAUCUACAGGUAGCCCUGAAAUAACCCUUGGUGUGGUUCCCGCGAUGCCAACCACACAAACUAGCCCACAACAACAAAGAAUGGAACCGUUAGCUCAAGUCAUUCCAAGUCAUUUCCCCACACCAGAGGGCGAAGAUGAUGCAUUGAUAAGAGCAUUUUUGCAUGUUAUAUCUUCACCUUCUUCUUCAACUUCUCAACAGCAUCAACCCCAGCAAAAUUUGCCCGAUUAUACUUCAGUAGUACGUCGAGAAAGUACUGCUUUCAAGAGAUAUAGAUCAGAUGUAAGCACAAAUGUAACACCCCAAAUGGGGUCCAAUUUUCAGAGGCAAAGCCUUCUGAAUAGAUCAUUUUCACUCCUUAGAAGCUUAAAUUUUGUGAGAAUGAGAGAACCCAUUCAUGUAGCCCCUCCUACUGGUACCCAACUGAAUCAUAUCAUAUCGGAGCGACGAAGGCGUGAAAAACUCAAUGAGAGUUUUCAGGCACUUGGAGCAAUACUUCCUCCAGGAACUAAGAAAGACAAAGCGUCGAUCCUUACAACAGCAAAGGAAACAAUGAAAUCAUUGAUGGAUGAAAUUGAAAAGCUUUACAUAAGCAAUCAGCAGUUGAUGACAUUUUUGUCAGAAAAAGGAGCUCUUAGUACCGAAGAAAACAUAGCUAUCUCCUCAAAUGAAAGAUUCAAAGUUGAGGUUUCGGAUGUAUUGGAAUCGAGUUCAUCAGAGGGACGAAUGGUGGACUUGCAAGUGAUCAGUGUGAGAGGAGAAAGUUCUCAAGUUGAUAUAUUGAUUCGCUUGUUGAGAUUCUUAGAACGACUUCAGAACGUAAGCUUGAUUUCCAUGGCUGCAAACAACCACAUUACACAAAGGGCAGCCAUUAAUCAAUUAACGUUCAGGCUAAGGAUUCUCGAGGGAAGUGAAUGGGACGAACCUGCCUUCCUGGAAGCUGUCAGAAGAGUGGUUGAUGAUUUGGUACAAUGCCAAGUGGACCAAUCAUUUUAACCCACGUUAGCUAUAUCAUCUUUACUUUAU